UAUAAACUCGAAAAUGGUGCGAACGCAUGGUUGAUGCGAAUUAGUAAAGAAAAAAAACGAUUUAUUUACAACGUGAAAUUCUUUGAGAUAUAUUCAGUGCGUUUGAGCGUGUUAACUGUAAAGUGAAUUAUUAUUAUAGAAUGUUUUCGACAAAGUGCUUAGCUUAAAUGACAAACAUACAACGAAAAGUGACAAUUUAAUUCAAGUUUAAAACUAUAAACAAUUCAUUGAAGUGAUGUCUCGAUUAAAUCGAAAACAACAACAAGACAAACUUGAGCUACUUUCAAGCUUAAAUCACAUGAAUAAUUGCAUCGGUUCAAGGCAUGCUGCUGAAAAUCAGGCAUUUCAAUGUUCAGAAAUUAAUGAUACAAAUGGCUUCGACGAAACCGAUUUGGUGUUUUUAAAAGGAAUUUUAGCAAAUCCUGCUGUAACACAAACAUUCAAAAAUAAAGAUAAAUUUCAAAAGGAGAUCGAAUUAAAACCAGUUCAAUUGGAUAAUAGAGUACUGUGUCGCAGUCUUGCACAACGAUUGAGUCGAGCACGAAACACUGAUGCACGUGAACUAUCUCGAUUGCUGAGUAAGAGCCAUUUUAAAGCGUUAAUCGAAACACACGACGAAAUCGGAGCUCGAGCUCUUGAGCCACGUCCACCAAUAAAUCCGCGAAACGUAUUAUCCAAGGAAUUCAUCGAAGCAACGGAAUACGCAAUGCCUGGUGCUGAAACAAUACGAAUGGUUGGGCUUCGGCGAAAGCCAAAUGAACCGCUUGGCAUGACCGUUGAAGUAGAUGAACACAAGCAACUAAUCGUUGCACGAAUUUUAGCCGGUGGAAUGAUUGAUCGGCAAGCCCUACUUCGACCCGGCGAUGUUAUUUUGGAGGUGAACGGUGUACCUGUGUCAUCACCCGAAGCAUUACAAGAUCAAAUAAUGCUGGCAAAAGAUUCGAUUACAUUGAAAAUUGGACCGAGUGUUGAGGAGGAAAUGAAAUCAGGCAGACUCAUAAUGUCUGGUGGACAGGUAAAGCAUGGUCGUUAUUUAGACACAGGAAAAAAAUUGACGUGUUAUAUGAGAGCAUUAUUUGACUAUGAACCAGAAGAAGAUACCUUAUUGCCAUGCAAAGAAAUUGGUUUGCCAUUCCAAUACGGCGAUAUUCUCCAAAUCAUCAAUGUAAAGGAUCCAAAUUGGUGGCAAGCCAAACAUAUUGGCCAAAAUGAAGUGACCGGUUUGAUUCCAUCACAAGAAUUAGAGGAAAGGCGGAAAGCAUUCGUACCACCCGAAGCUGAUUUUGUGCAUACCAUCAGCAUUUGUGGUACAAAAAUUUCAAAAAAGAAAUUGAAGAAAUUGUACAAGUCAAAGGAAAAUGCCGAAUACGAUAAAGCUGAUUUAGUUCUCUACGAAGAAGUAACACGUAUGCCACCAUUCAAAAGAAAGACGCUGGUUUUGGUUGGUGUUCAAGGCGUGGGCCGAAGAACAUUAAAAAAUCGUUUAAUUAACAGUGACCAAACGAAAUUUGGCUCUGUUAUUCCUCAUACUUCGCGUCCGCCACGCGUUCUAGAAGAAAAUGGAAAAAAUUAUUGGUUCUUGAAUCGCGAAGAUAUGGAACGUGAGAUUCAAGAGAAUAACUUUUUGGAAAAUGGCGAAUACAAUGGAAAUCUAUACGGUACACAUUUGGAUUCCAUCCGUGAUGUUAUCAAACAAGGCAAAAUGUGCGUUUUGGAUUGUGCACCGAGUGCCUUGAAAAUGCUUCACAAUAGCACAGAGUUUAUGCCAUAUGUAAUUUUCAUUGCUGCACCUGGAAUGGAACAGUUGAAAAAUCUUUAUGCUGAACGUAGAGCAACUGGUGGCUCUCAACGCAAUUUGGCGUUUGAUCGACAAAGUUCAAUUCGAUAUAGUUCACGUAGAGCCAGAACACUUGAAUCAUUGGCUUCCUUGUAUGAGGAUGAUGAUUUGAUAGCGACGGUUGAAGAAAGUGCAUUGCUUCAACGAAAGUAUGAGAAAUAUUUGGAUAUGACCAUUGUGAAUGAGGAUUUCGACAUCACAUUUAGAAAAGUUAUCGAAGCGCUAGAGGCUCUAAGUCACGAACAUCAGUGGGUUCCUGUUAAUUGGAUCUAUUAAAUCGACUUGCAGCUCAAUUAAAUUCAACUCAACGAUUCACCCCUCGACAAAAACAAUAAUUAAAAAGUAUUUUUCUAUAUUUAACUGAUUAGCAUAUUUAGAAAAGAACAGGGCGCUCGCACAAAGUGCGCACUAAGUUUGGAACAAAGAAAGUCAUGCAUUUACUGCCCGGUUUAUUUACAAGAUAAAAAAAAAAAUGAAAACCGUACGAAUUAAAUGUGUAAGCGGGAUGCAAUAUUUAAGUUACGAUGCCGACAAAGUGUUCGACACAACGUUUGAAAUCAGUCAGAAAAAAUACAAAUUUUACAACCAACAUAUAUAGCAUAUUAGUUAGUUUUAGAAAAAAAUGUGCAUCAAUUUAAACAAAAAUUUAUUUUGGUUCUUUUUCUUUGUCAAAAUUGAUAAUCUUACAUAUAUAUCGAAUGUUUCUUUUAUGUCAGAGCAAAUCGUUUUUAUCUUUUUAUAUGUUCGUCAUUUUUUUCAUUAAUUUUAUUUACUGUGUUGUUAGCCGUAUUGAAAAUUAAACUGCGUCCAUAAAUGAAAUCUCAUUGUUGUAAACACACAUAGUAAUUUAGAAUAUAAGUCGACAAAAUACCAUAGUUUUACGAGAGAAGAGAAGAGAAGAGAAGAUAAAAUCACAUUUAUAUACAUCCAAUUUUCUGCUCAUUUUUUCGAUCCUUUUUUUUAAUAAAUACAAUCAUGAAAAGAACGUCAGUUCGAAUGACCAACAUUAUUUAUGUAGCAUGCGGACACCAAACAAAUGUGUAUUUAAUACAAAUAAAUUGAUAUUCGCAACAAA